CCAUAGUGACGCACAACGCCAUCUUGCAUUCAGCGAGCGUCGAGCUCAACAGACACGCAGUUCACGUUUCGCCGCUACAGCAAGUGACAUUUUGGAGAGAUGAACAGUCAGAGUUCUCGCAACGAAACGGCAGCCGCCGCGGUUAACGGCUCGGAUUCAACCGCAGCGGCUGCCCGCGAUCGGAAAACAGGAGGUGGCGUUCUGAAAAGGCUUAAAUCGCGAAGAAAUCAAGUGGAGCGACGGCCUGUGACGGAGGAAGAGCUGCGGGCGCUGGGCAGAGACAUCACUCCGGAUGAAGUUUUGGGGCUCCGCGCAGUCACUCUCGACUAUCUGUGUAAACCAGAGGACAAUAUCUACAACAUUGACUUCACACGCUUCAAGAUCAGAGACUUGGAGACGGGCACAGUGCUUUUUGAGAUCGCCAAACCGCCACACUGUGAACUUGAUGAGGAAGACGAGGAAAACGGAGAUGCUGACAUAAGCGCUGGGCGUUUCGUCCGUUACCAAUUUACUCCAGCGUUCCUUAAAUUGUGCACAGUUGGAGCCACUGUGGAGUUCACAGUUGGCGAUCGGCCUGUUAACAACUUCAGGAUGAUCGAGAGACAUUAUUUCCAAGAGCGGCUCCUGAAGAGCUUCGACUUCGACUUUGGUUUCUGUAUCCCGAACAGUCGGAACACCUGCGAGCACAUCUACGAGUUUCCUCAGCUCCCAGAUGAUCUCAUUCGGUUGAUGAUUGAACACCCGUACGAGACCAGAUCAGACAGCUUCUACUUUGUGGACAACAAGCUGAUCAUGCACAACAAGGCAGACUACGCUUACAACGGGGGCCAGUAGUGCCGUUUCAGUGAGAAAUCUGAGGAUUGUUUGCUUGGAUAGUGUUUGCGUGGAAUGCACAUACAGAACCACCGACAACACGCGGUGAUGUCACCAGCAUUGUGAUCUGGCACCAGACCCGCCCAACUGGAAAUGACCAUCCCCCUGAAGUUCCUGCAUUCCACAGACUGCGGUUCGGCCAAAAGUGGAGCCGUUUUUGUUUGUUACACUUAACUCUUGUCGUCCAGUCUUAGGGCCACAACAAGAGGAAUGGUUUAUUUUUUAUUUAUUUUUAUUUUGAUAAGAUGUUAUUAUCUCUCCCACCUCAGUCUCGAAUCUCUGAAAGAGGUCUUUUUAAAAGACAAAAACACUAGUUUCAUUCAGACGUGCAAAAAUGAAGCGAUUGUGUCACAUACAUCUUUACUGCCCACUGUGUGUGAUUGUUAUUAAGCAGAAAGAAGGUUCUUGUGCGAUCUUGCCUUUGUUGAUCAUUUAACAGACAGACAGCAUUACUGUGGUGUGUAUAAACUCUUAACAGCACAAAAAUGAGACCAGAACGUUCUUCUUCACCAGUCAACUUCAUAUGAAGUGCAUUCUCAGGCGUAUAAUCAGGGUUAGUUGGUUUGGCUGAAUGUGAUCAAUAUUAUUUUGGUCAAUGUGAUCCAAAAACAGAGCAGCUGAUCGAUCUGCUUGACAAACCACACAGACCUCAAAUGGAGACCAAUAAUUUGGCCACUAGUUAAUCAGUUCCUCAUUUUUUCUUCAUCUGUCUUUGGUUUUGUCAAACCACAAGCUGUUAGAUCGUGAGCCUGUUUGUGACAAUAUAGUUGCGUUUGUGUGUCAUUCCUGUCUUCUGUGGAUGAGGAAUUAAGGACUCGCAUACUGUUGUGUUCAUAGGACAUCUGUCUUUGUCGUGUGAGGGCUUUUAAUGUCAUACUCGGCUGUUUGGCUACUGUGCAUACAGAAUUGGGUUCGUGUCACACGCACCACGGGAUGAGAUUUCCAACAUGCUGUCUUUGUUCACCUUUUGAGUGAUCUGGCCUCUCCAUCAGAGCUUUGAUGUUUAUGUUUGAUCUAAUUCAACUUGAUGUUAAAUGCUGGCUGUGAUUGGUAAACAUUUUAGGAAUAGUGAAUACGAUUGGCUGAGAAAGAUGACUAUAUAAAAGGCAACCAGGAAUGGAACAGAAUAGACCUCUGUAUCCAGCCCCGACCUUAACUCAAUUUUAUUCGAUUACAAUGUUAUCUGUAUCCUCCAUCAUUUUUGGUUUGUGUCAGAUGCAAAAUACACAUUUUAAUCUGUUUACAAACAAGUCAGUUCACAGCUAAGGUGACUUGCUUACUUAAGUGUCCUUAAGAAAGACUAUAUCAGCUUAAUGUUUGUGAAAUAUUUGUGAAGUACCUGUCUAAUGCCUUACUCAGCAAUGCUGUUUGUUUACAACCAUCUGUUUAAAGGGACAGUUCACCCAAAAUAAAAAUUCUGUCAUCAUUUACUCACCCUCAAGUUGUUCCAAAUCUGUAUUUUUUUCUUCUAAUAAACACAGAGAAUGAUAUUUGAAAGAAUGCUUAUAACCAAACAGUUCUUAGACCCCAUUGACUACCAUAGUAGGAAAAAUUACUUUAUAGUUUUUUUUUGUUCUGUUGAACACAAAGGAAGAUAUUUUGAAGAAAUGGGGCACUUUUGACUACCAUUGUAAAUGUUCUACUAUGACAGUCAAUGGGGUCCAAGAACUGUUUGGUUAUUAGCAUUCUUCCAAAUAUCUUUCUCUGUGUUCAACCAAACAAAGAGAUUUAUACAGAUUUGUAACAAUUUGACUGAGUAAUUCAUGGCAGAAUUUUCAUUUUUGGGUCAACUAUCCCUUUAAUGCUUUUACUGUCUGCAGCCCUAGUGGUCGUUUUCUAAACAGCGUUUGGUCCAUAUUACCCAUUACAAACUACGCACCUUGUUUAAAAAUGUUUUCGGACCCUGUAUUUUCUUAAUAUUUCUUGACCACCUCCUCAGGCCCCUCUAAUCAGUUUUAGACCUUAUACACGGAAUAAGACAUUGCAAAGGGUUUUUAUUGCUCACACGGUAGUGGUUUUAGGGAUGCUGCAACUAUAAUUUUUAUUAAUUUGUAAUGUUUAAACUGGAAUACAUUUGUCUUUGACUUUUUAUUUAACCAUUUAUAAUGUCAUAAUGUUUCUUCUUCAUGACGCCUGUAUCAGGACUGUUACCAUAAUAACAAAACAUAACAUUAAAGAUUUAUUUAUACGUUAGUUGAAAACAACAGGGUCUAUCAAAAUGUAUAGAAAGUACCUUCAACUAUAGAAUUUUUAAUUAUUAAGAGGGAAAAUAUGAUGCUGAAGACACUAAAAUCCAUCUAAAAUAACUAAUUGUCCCUGGAUGGAACAUAUUCAUGAUCUCAGAAUGAUAGGACAAUUGUAUUAAACUGUAAAAUAGAAAUUAUGUACAGUGUGGAUGUGGAAUUUGUACAGAGAGAGAAAUAAAACA